CGGAAAGGGGCUUUCCCGGCUGCGGCCGGUGUAGCUGGAGUGGUGUCUCGACCGAUCCCAAGCGGGUCGGACACAGGGAGAAGCUGGAAUCAGAGCCGCCGCCACGGCGGGCACCUAAAACUCUGGGAGCUGCACCCAGCCGGAGCCACCAGAGCUGGGCCUAGCCCAGAGACAUGGAGAGUUGCUACGACCCAGGUCUGGAUGGCAUCAUUGAAUACGAUGAUUUCAAAUUCAACACUUCCAUUGUGGAGCCGAAGGAGCCUGCCUCAGAGACAGCUGAUGGCCCUUACCUGGUGAUAGUGGAACAGCCUAAGCAGCGGGGCUUCCGAUUUCGAUAUGGCUGUGAAGGCCCCUCCCAUGGAGGACUGCCAGGUGCCUCCAGUGAGAAAGGCCGGAAGACCUAUCCCACUGUCAAGAUCUGUAACUACGAGGGACCAGCCAAAAUCGAGGUGGACCUGGUAACACACAGUGACCCGCCUCGAGCUCAUGCCCACAGCCUGGUGGGCAAGCAGUGCUCUGAGCUGGGGGUCUGCGCCGUGUCUGUGGGGCCCAAGGACAUGACUGCCCAAUUUAACAACCUGGGCGUUUUGCAUGUGACCAAGAAGAACAUGAUGGAGAUUAUGAUACAAAAACUUCAAAGGCAGAGGCUUCGCUCUAGGCCCCACGGGCUUACAGAGGCUGAACGGCGGGAACUGGAACAGGAAGCCAAGGAGCUGAAGAAGGUGAUGGAUCUGAGUAUUGUGCGACUGCGCUUCUCUGCCUUCCUUCGAGCCAGCGAUGGCUCCUUCUCCCUGCCCCUGAAGCCAGUUAUCUCCCAGCCCAUCCAUGACAGCAAGUCUCCUGGGGCCUCAAACCUGAAGAUUUCUCGAAUGGACAAAACAGCGGGCUCUGUGAGGGGUGGAGAUGAAGUUUAUCUACUCUGUGACAAGGUCCAGAAAGAUGACAUCGAGGUUCGGUUCUAUGAGGAUGAUGAGAAUGGAUGGCAGGCCUUUGGAGACUUCUCUCCUACAGAUGUUCAUAAACAGUAUGCCAUCGUGUUCCGGACACCACCCUAUCACAAGAUGAAGAUUGAACGCCCUGUAACUGUGUUCCUGCAACUGAAACGAAAGCGUGGAGGGGAUGUGUCUGACUCCAAACAGUUCACCUAUUAUCCUCUGGUGGAAGACAAAGAGGAGGUGCAGCGGAAGCGGAGGAAGGCCUUGCCCACCUUCUCUCAGCCCUUUGGGGGUGGCUCCCACAUGGGUGGAGGCUCCGGGGGCUCUGCUGGGGGUUAUGGAGGAGCUGGAGGAGGAGGUAGCAGCCUCGGCUUUUUCCCCUCCUCCUUGGCCUACAGCCCCUACCAGUCGGGUGCGGCCCCCAUGGGCUGCUACCCGGGCGGUGGGGGCGGGGCACAGAUGGCGGCCUCAGCACCCGGCUUGGACAUCGCGGAGGAAGCAGCAGAGGAACCGCAGGCCCCGGAGAUGCUGCAGCAAGGUACAGCCUCCGGCAUCCAGGCGGUCGAGACGCUGAGGUGGGGACCUAGCCUUUACCCACGGCCCCUGUCGCCCCCAGCCCGGGAGUACAACGCGCGCCUUUUCGGCCUGGCGCGGCGGAGCGCCAGAGCCCUGCUGGACUACGGCGUCACGGCGGACGCGCGCGCGCUGCUGGCAGGACAGCGCCACCUGCUGACGGCGCAGGACGAGAACGGAGACACGCCCCUGCACCUGGCCAUCAUCCAUGAGCAGAGUAAUGUCAUUGAGCAGAUAGCUCAUGUCAUCUACCAUGCCCAGCACCUUGGCAUCGUCAACCUCACCAACCACCUGCACCAGACGCCCCUGCACCUGGCAGUGAUCACCGGGCAGACGAGGGUGGUGAGCUUCCUGCUGCAGGUGGGUGCAGAUCCCGGGCUGCUGGAUCGGCAUGGAGACUCAGCCAUGCACCUGGCGCUGCGGGCAGGUGCUGAUGCCCCCAACCUGCUGCGUGUGCUGCUGCAGAGUGGAGCUCCCACUGUGCCCCAGCUGUUAUACGUGCCAGACUUUGAGGGGCUAUACCCAAUACAUCUGGCAGUCCGUGCUCGAAGUCCUGAGUGUCUGGAUCUGCUGGUGGACAGUGGGGCUGACGUGGAGGCUGCAGAGCGGCAAGGGGGCCGAACAGCCUUGCAUCUAGCCACAGAGAUGGAGGAGCUGGGGUUGGUCACACAUCUGGUCACCAAGCUCCGGGCCAAUGUGAAUGCUCGCACCUUUUCGGGAAACACGCCCCUACAUCUGGCAGCUGGGCUGGGAUCUCCAACCCUCACCCGCCUCCUUCUAAAGGCUGGUGCUGAUAUCCACGCAGAGAAUGAGGAGCCCCUGUGCCCCUUGCCCUCACCCCCUACCUCUGAUAGCGACUCGGACUGUGAGGGGCCUGAGAGAGACUCUCGAAGCAGCUUCCGGGGCCACACACCUCUUGACCUCACUCGCAGCACCAAGGUGAAGACCUUGCUUCUCAAUGCUGCGCAGAAUACCCUGGUGCCUCCUCUGACCCCGCCCAGCCCUGCAGGGCCAGGGCUGUCACUUGGUGAUAUAGCCCUGCAGAACCUGGAGCAACUGCUAGAUGGGCCAGAAGCCCAGGGAAGCUGGGCGGAGCUAGCAGAGCGGCUGGGUCUACGCAGUCUGGUGGACACAUACCGAAAGACGACCUCGCCCAGUGGCAGUCUCCUGCGCAGUUACGAGCUGGCUGGUGGGGACCUGGCAGGUCUGCUGGAGGCCCUGUCUGACAUGGGCCUAGAGGAGGGAGUGAGGCUGCUGAGGGGCCCAGAGACACAAGAUAAGCUGCCCAGCACAGAGGUGAAGGAAGACAGUGCUUAUGGGAGCCAGUCAGUGGAACAGGAGGCAGAGAAGCUGGGCCCACUCCCUGAGCCACCAGGAGGGCUCUGCCAUGGGCACCCCCAGCCUCAGGUGCACUGAUCUGUCACCCAAGCACCAGCCCCCAUUCUGGACUUCUCUGUAUAGCACCCCUACCUCUUCCAAAUCUUAUUUAACACCCCAUGCCCACCCCUCAGUUGGGGCAAAUAAAGGAUUCUCAUGGGAAGGGGAGGGCCCCCUUCCCAACUUA